AUGAACCUCUUGGAAACUCUUGCAGUUAGUGCUGCUGCGGUCCAGUUCAGAACCACGUUCUCAGUUCUAGGUCCUGCUGAACCAUUCCGAACUGUUCUCAACUCUGACUUCAAUGCCACUUACCUCGACAUCGACCGAACUUCAGGAUUUGCACUCUACUCCUCUGCCUUUAGCCUUUUUGGAGUUUUACCAUUUGCUUAUGGUGAAUGGUGA